UUUAAAGACGAUUGGCAAUAUUGUAGACAACAAAUCCUCCUUUUUAAAAUUUAAUUUAAAUUGACCAAAACUGCACAAGCAAGUUGAUGUUGAGUUUCUUCUACCAGUUGCAGGCACCAGAGAAUGUUGCUCAUGUUUGGAAGAUUAUAUGGUGGUGAGAGACUCUGAAGGUAUGGUCUUUGGGAACAGAGGACUACCUACAAAGAGACAUUAUGACCACCUCCCAGAUGCUGGAAGCUUCAGAGAGGUAGCAUCUGAUGAAAGUGUGCCAGCCAAAAGGACCAAGCAUAUGAGAAUAAUAACUGGUGUCAAAGCCACCAAGGUAUCUGUCAAGGCUUCACUGGCUAAGAGGACCAAAUCCAAACCCAAGACCGGCACCAAACUGCAGACACUCAAAGAGUGUCAGAGGGUCAAAGUUACAAAAGUUCCUGUCAGGGCUAAAGUGGCCAAAAAGACUACACCCAAACCAGAAGGCCUUCUAAGGAAUCGAAGGAUCACGACCGCCAGGGUUUCGAUGAAGGUCAGACCCACUAAGGGGACCAAGUGGAAAGCUGGUGUAAAAUCUGAGACCCUUGUGAAGAAGCAGAGGUUUGAAACCACCAAGGUGUCUGUAAAGAUUGUACCAGCAAACGGGUCUAAACCUAAGGCUGGACCCAGACCACAGACUCAUAUGAGGAAGCACCGAGGUAAAUCCAAACCACAGACCCUCACGAAGAAGCACAGAUGUAAAACCAAACCAGACAUCCUGAUAAGGAAAAUAAAAAGUAACACUAAAAUAAAGACUAGGAAUGCAGAAGAUAAGACCCGACUGGAAACACGAAUGUGUAAUGGAGGUAGUAAAGCCAACCCAGAUAUCCUUAGAUGGAGACAAGCCGGUAUAACGGAGACCGUGACUACUGUCACCGCAACCAAACGGAAGCCCGACACAAAACUGAGAACCCUUCAAAAUAAGCAGCAGAUCACAGUUACCGAUAUCCUAAAGUCUCAAAGACCCAAACAAAAAGCCAGUACAAAACCAGAGACCCUAACAAGGAGUCAGUGGCUCAAAGCUACCCAGAUGUCCAUGGUGCAACAUGCCGAGAAAAGACUUUUGCCCACCACUUGUCAAGCCUCGUUAGCUCACAAGUAUCAGCAACUCGAUAAGAUUGGCGAAGGAGGCUUCGGAUCUGUCUACGCUGGUUACCGGAAAACUGAUUUGUUUCCUGUGGCCAUCAAACACAUCCCCAAACAUGAAGUCAAGAUCCUCCCCCUGAACAUAAAAGGGAGGAAACACGACAUCCCCCUGGAGGCGCUACUCAUGCUGCAGGCGUCGUGCAUCAAAAACGGCGACGGGCAAUCGGCCGUCGUGUCUCUGCUGGACAAGUUCGACUUCGACGAAGAGCUGGUGCUAGUCAUGGAGAAGCCGGCGCGAUCCGUUGACCUCUUCACGUACAUCACCAGGUGUCGGCUAGGACACCUCAAGGAAAAUGAAGCCAAGAACAUCAUGAGGCAGCUGGUGGACGCCGCCAUCAAAAUGCACGCCGUCAACGUCUUCCAUCGGGAUCUCAAACCGGGAAACAUCCUCCUGGAGGCCACCUACGGCGUCCCCCGAGUGAGGAUCAUCGACUUUGGCUGCAGCUGCUUCGUAACCGAGGAGCCUUAUCACGACUACACCGGGACGCUCUCCUAUGCUCCUCCGGAAUUUGUCCUGAGGGGGUCCUACAGGGCGGGCCCAACCACAGUGUGGCACCUUGGGGCCAUGCUCUUUGAGUUAUUAGCUGGAAGCAAACAGUUUGACACACUCCUCUUCAUCUCCCAGAUGCUCCAACUCAAUCGAGUUCUUUCUCAAGAUUGCAGAGAUUUUUUGCAAAUGUGCUUGCAGUGUGAUCCGGAGCAGCGCGCCACCCUGGUGCAGGUCCACCAACAUCCAUGGCUCAUUUGAUGCUUCCCAUCAACUCAUUGUAAACUGUUGAGUGUGUCAAUCAUAUAUUUUGAUGUGUAGUCAAACACUCUGCAUUCCAAACAAAUCCUUUUAAUGAUCAUUGGAGCAGUUUUCUUUCUGUAUUUUUACUGCACGUGACAGAGAUCAUUGGGUUUUUUCUCAAAAGAAAAUAUGUUGACAUGGAAAAGAGAUACUUUCUCCAUGGCCACUUCGAGUUAAAGCCCAGACCCCCCUAUGAGGAAACAAAAUUUCCCGGCUGUAUUUGCGAUCUUCACAGCGUAUGAAGACGAAUGGUCCAAAAAUGUAUCUUGAUUGUUGUGCACAUCUGCUUAUUGCUGCCAAAAAAAGAUAAAUUACGUGUUAAAUGCAAGCACUUCUUCCA